CUGGUAGCCCCAAUGCACAAAGUCUGGCAAUGAUCACCCGCUGGCAGUGCAGAUCGAGAAAAAAGUCCAACCAACCCAUGUGAUGCUGUGCUCCGAUGGGAGAGACUAGAAUGCUUAAUUAGCAUUACUCGAUCACAUUAAGCUAGUUACCACCAUUACAGUUUCGAUUGUUGCACCGUCUGGCGUUCAUCGGUGGCAUAUCGGCCAAUUCAGGGUCGCACCUUGCACCUGGCACAUAUAGCUAGCCAGCAGCAUCAGCAGCAGCAGUUACUAAGGUGCAGACUCUGUUCUAUUCUGAUCUGCACCACGUCAGCUGCUGCUCAAGAUCAAUGAGUGCAAUGUGCAAUAAACUUGCAAGAUGAACACCACCGUCCCCCGGCCACGCCUCUUAAGCAGGGGCUCGACAUACUCGGAAUUCGACGAGGAGCGGAGCAAUAGACCACCACCACCACGGUUCCUCUCGCGCUUCUCUGUACGCCAGACCAUCCGCAGUCUGGCUGUCUUGACGGUACUUUUAUUGCUCUUAUACACCUUACGCGGCUCCUUUCGCUCCACGCCACCAUUCCCAACCGACACAGCUGCUAGCAGCCAAGCCGAUUCCACCACGAGCGACCACCGCCCUGAAGCCGAAGCCGAAGGUGAAGCAGAAGCAUCACCUCCCCUCUACCCCUCCACCAACCCAACAGACCUUCACAUCCACGACCCCAGCAUCAUCGUCACAUACGCUUCCCCCGACUCGAAAACAAGAACAUACUACGCCUACGGCUCCGGCCCACACAUCCCGAUCCACACCGCCCCCUCCCUCGCCGGGCCGUGGAAGCAUGUCGGCACCGUCCUCACGCAAGACAGCCGCCUGCCGAUCGGCGACCGCAAGGCCCCCUGGGCGCCGACCGUGCUCCACCACAACGGCACGUACUAUUGCUACUACGCGACCAGCCACAGCGGGUGCCGCCGCAGCGCCAUCGGGGUCGCAACCGCAGCGCACCCGGGCCCGGGGGCGUGGACGGACGGGGAGACCCCGAUCGUUCGGUCCGGGGUUGGGAAGGGGAGUGCGUUGUAUCCGUUAGAUCGCGCGAAUGCGAUUGACGUGAGUGUUUUGGUGGUUCCCGAGGCAGCAGCUGAAGGGGAGAGCCAACCCAGAGAACAAGAAAAGCAGCACACUCCUCAGGACCCAACCCAAAACCAACCCCCAGACAACACAAUCCCAGACAAGUAUAACGCCUACAUCACCUUCGGCUCCUUCUGGACCGGCAUCUGGCAACUUCCAUUAACACCCACCCUCCUCUCAACCGACUACACCGGCAACAGCGAAGUGCGCCACCUCGCCCACGAACCGCGCGCCAUCCACCCCCCGAACAAAAAGUCCAACGGGCUCUGCGGCGACCCGACGGGCAUGCAUCCCGUGGAGGGGCCCUUCAUCUCCUUCCGCGCGCCGUGGUAUUAUCUCUGGUUCAGCUGGGGGAAGUGCUGUGGGUUUCAAGCGGAGAAGUUGCCCAAGGCGGGGUUGGAGUAUAGUAUCCGCGUCGGCCGGUCGAAGAGUCCCCGGGGUCCGUUUGUCGAUAAGAAUGGAAUCGAUCUGGUUGCGGGCGGGGGCGAGAUUGUCUACGCGUCAACCGGGGAGGUGUAUGCGCCCGGCGGGCAGGGGAUCUUGGUGCAGGAGGAUGGGAAGGGAGGGGAGGAGGAUGUGCUUUAUUAUCAUUAUCUGAAUAAGACAGUCGGGUAUGACUUCCAUGACGCGCAGUUGGGAUACAAUAUCUUGACGUAUAUUGAUGGCUGGCCGGUUCCAGUCUAGAUAAAGGGGUUUAUUAGGGUGGCGCCGGGUGCUCGUUUCUUUUCCUGUGGAU